AGAAUAUCCGCUUUCUAAUGGUGGGCCAGUUGAUGGCUGUGGUCGCGACUUGCAACUUGGACCAAUGGGCUCUCGAUUUCGACGGCAACGAGAGAAGGGUUAUUGAAAGCAUACGAAUUGCUCAUGAGAAAAAUGCCAAGUUCCGUACGGGUCCAGAAUUGGAGCUCUCUGGCUAUGGUUGUGAAGACCAUUUCCUUGAGACGGACACUUUCCAUCAUUGCUGGGAGUCUCUUGCGCACAUCAUCACGGCAACCUCAAAUUUGGAUAUGCUACUGGACAUAGGAAUGCCAGCUUUAUUCAAGUCGACCGGUUACAACUGUCGAGUGUUCCUCUAUCGUGGCCGUGUGCUGUUAGUGCGGCCCAAAAUGCUCUUGGCAGAUGAUGGUAAUUACCGUGAGUCCAGGUGGUUCGCACCCUGGCCGAUGGAGCGAGGCCUCGAGGAGAUGCUCCUGCCCGAUAUAGUCCGAGAGGCUCAACCUGUUGAUAUUCGACAACAAUCAUGUCCCUUCGGCUUUGGUGUUGUCCAACUGGCGGACUGUGCUGUGGGCUGUGAGGCCUGUGAGGAACUGUGGGCACCUGAGAACCCUCAUACAAUUAUGGCCCUUGAUGGUGUGGAUAUCAUCGCCAAUGGUAGUGGGUCACAUCAUGAAUUAAGGAAGCUCAAGAAGCGUCUGAAACUGAUUGCGGGUGCUACGUCCAAGUCAGGAGGAGUAUAUUUAUAUGCCAACUCAAUGGGUUGUGAUGGCGGGAGACUGUACUUCGAUGGUUCAUCGUUGAUAGCCGUGAAUGGUGAAGUCCGUGCUCAAGGGUCACAGUUUGCCAUCAAGGAGAUCGAGGUCAUCACCGCUAAUGUCGAUCUUGAGGAGGUCCGCUCUUAUCGUGCUAGUAAGAAGUCCAGGUGCACUCAGGCGGCGGCUUUGACGGGUUCACGAAUACCUCGGGUUCACUGUAGAGACUUUCGUCUCUGCGACCCCGCCAAUAAGUACAAUGCUGUUCCGCUGGGUAAUUGUCCCACGUUGAAGUGUAGAUUCAUAUCGGCGAAUCUUCCAGUGAAACCAAUAGUCUGCGAUCCUAUGGAGGAAAUAGCACAAGGGCCUGCGUGUUGGCUUUGGGAUUACCUUCGUCGUAGCGGGGCCUCAGGUUUUUUCAUACCGCUCUCGGGUGGAGCGGACAGUGCUAGUGUCCUGGCCAUAUGCGGUUCCAUGUGCCAGCUGGUCAUGAAACGCCUUGUGGAAGGCGAUAAGCAAGUUGAGGCGGACGUGAAGCGGAUUACUGCAUCUGAGGUGCUCCCGAAGACUGCCCAAGAGCUUGCUCACUGCAUCAUCCACACAGCAUAUCUAGCAUCGAAGAACUCGGGAGGGGCCACUCGUGACCUAGCCCAGAGGAUCGCUGAUCAGGUCGGCAGCUACCACAAGUUUGUGAUGAUUGACAACAUCUGUGAUGCUGUUGAGGAGGCCUUUACGGACUAUGUCAUUACUGAUGAGGAAGGAAAGGUCGACGAGGGGCUCAUUCCGAAGUAUCUCUCACAGGGAGGUACUCGGACCACUGAUAUGGCAUUGCAGAAUAUCCAAGCUCGAAGUCGGAUGGUAAUGUCGUUUAUGCUGGCACAGCUCCUUCCACACGCUAGGAGGCGUGGAGGUUAUUUACUCGUACUUUCCACUGGGAAUGUCGACGAGGCACUUCGUGGUUAUUUAACGAAGUAUGAUUGUUCAUCGGGUGACAUCAAUCCCAUAGGCAGCAUCUCUAAGGGAGAUCUCAAGUCCUUUCUUGUUUGGGCAUCGACUAACCUAGGGUACCCAGCUCUUGCAGAAAUCGUUGAAGCUCCUCCAACGGCAGAGUUGCGGCCUACAGUUGAGGGUGAACCGGCACAGCUCGAUGAGGUUGAUAUGGGCAUGACCUACAAUGAACUGGGCUGGUUCGGCCGACUGCGCAAGAUGGAACGCUGCGGUCCUGUGCAAAUGUUCCAUAAACUCCGAGUUAUGUGGGGUGAAAGCCGUGAUGAGAGUGCGGACGAGGUUGCAGAUAAGGUGAAGCACUUCUUCAACUGCUACUGCAGGAACAGGCAUAAGUGCACUGUGUUGACUCCCUCGUAUCAUGCUGAGGCAUAUUCCCCUGAUGACAAUAGAUUUGACUUGAGGCCUUUCUUGUAUCCUCCGAUGACGCGGCAGUUUAGGGAUAUCGAUACUGAGCUCGCGCAGCGAAGGCCGAGUGAGGUUCGUCGAUGAUUAAUUCCAUUUA